UGCGCUGUGCCACAGUUAGCAUCCAGUAGGCUAGCUCGUUAGCUAUUUAACUGGUAAUAAUUAGUAGCGUUUAGACUUAAACUUCCAGUUUUAUGCUGUAUUAUUGACAUUAUAAACAGUGCCCCGACUUUAACGGGAGAACAUCAGCCUGGUUUCGAUUCCCGGUGUUUUUCGUUAAAGGGUUGCUGUCAGCCGUUAGCCUAGAAGGCUAACAGGCUCUACAAUGGAGGGCAGCGCCAGCGUGAGGAAAUCGCUGUCCGGGACUCUGGUCCCUUCAUCGGUCACCACAGUGGCUGUCAUACAACAACCCGAGGAGGAGAGCAAGGGGAAGCUUAAAAGAAAGGUCCUCGACGAAGAGGAGUACAUCGAGAAUUUAGAGAAGAUCAUCCAGAGGGAUUUCUUUCCAGAUGUGACUAAACUGCAAGCGCAGAAAGAUUAUCUGGAUGCAGAGGAAACUGGCGACCUGGAGAGAAUGAGAGAGAUAUCCAUCCGAUAUGGAUCAUCUCUGACGAAAUCUACCCCACACUCUUCUGCACCCUAUGUGACACCAGCUAGCUUUGAGACACCAGUAGGCCGCACAGGAUCUCCCUCAAGCACUCAUGGAAGUAAAGGUUUAGAUGGAGAGAGCAAAGAGGAAGAUAAGGAAGAGAAAGAGCUGCCUUCUCUGGAUCGUUUUCUCGCUAAAAACACCAGUGAGGAUAAUGCAUCGUUUGAGCAGAUAAUGGAACUGGCGAGGGACAAAGAGAAGCUGAAGCAUGCCUGGUUGUAUGAGGCUGAGAAUGAGUACAAAGAGCGUCAUGAACAGAAUCUCGCCUUACCAUCAGUAGAGAAGGCAGCACUGGAAUGUGUCAAAGCUGGACUUGAGACUUGGGAGUACAAGGCAAAAAAUGCCUUGAUGUAUUAUCCAGAAGGUGUUAAAGAUGAUGAUGCUUUAUUUAAGAAGCCACGGGAAGUAGUUCACAAGAACACACGCUUUGUUGGAGACCCAUUCAGCAAGGCUCUCAACAAAAGUCAGAUCCAGCAGGCUGCAGCCCUCAAUGCACAGUUUAAACAGGGAAAGGUUGGUCCUGAUGGGAAGGAGCUGAUCCCUCAUGAAUCCCCGACAGUGAACGGUUAUGGUUAUGAAACAAUGCCUUCGCCUGCACCUGGCGUAUCUGAGUCACCUUUGAUGACCUGGGGAGAGAUUGAAAGCACGCCGUUUCGUCUGGAUGGAUCAGAUACCCCAUAUGUUGAGAGGAACCACGGCCCGUCGUUUAAGAUUCCAGAGCCAGGAAGAAGAGAGAGACUGGGUUUAAAGAUGGCCAACGAAGCUGCAGCUAAAAACCGUGCAAAGAAACAGGAAGCCCUGCGAAAAGUUACAGAGAAUCUUGCAAGCCUUACACCUAAAGGACUAAGCCCCGCCCUCACCCCUGCCUUGCAGAGACUCGUAAAUCGAACAUCCAGCAAAUACACUGACAAAGCACUACGAGCCAGUUACACCCCGUCACCCUCACAUAGAGCCCCCGGCUGCAAGACUCCCUUCGGUGGUCCGUCCACUCCUUCAGGAACGCCGACCCCAAACAAAGCCAAGACGCCUAGCUCUCAGGACCUCACAUCACUCACAGACAAUCUGCUUCAGCUGCCCAAGAGACGAAAAGCCUCAGACUUUUUCUAGGGAACAGACACAGAUCUCUGAAGAGAUUAUGCAGAAACAGACUCGUUUAAAUGGAGAGAACUUGAUUUCAAGUCUACGGACCCGUUAUGGAGAAAUCUUUCGUCUGGAUGAAGACUGAUUUAUUUGUUACAGUCCUGUGCCAGCAGUUUUUUUUUUUCUUUUUAUGUUGAGUUUUUUUUAUUUACACUAUAAAUAUCCAGUGGCUGUUUCUGUGAAUCACACAAACACAAUAACCAAUAGCUGCUGGCCCAGCUGUCCACAUAUGCUCCCAUGCCAUAACAGUGUGUGUCACUGCAUUGGUUUGCAUUAAACCAGGCUUCAGCACAUCACACACUGUAAUAAAAAUGUUUUUGAUAAAAAAAGGGCUACAUUUAGACACCAUAUUUAUACCAAUUCAAGUAUGAAUGUUUCUUUAACUUUGCAUUGUCUUAUGAAGCAGACUCAAAUUAAGAUGAUGUCUCUUAAUGACAAAAAAGCAAACAAGAACAUCAGCAUCAAGAUCGACUGUUUUAUGGUAAUUUAUAAAGACUUGAAUCACUGCUGAUGGUGCAGGUGUUAAGUGAUUAAUUGCAUGCUGCAGAAACAGCCUUUUUCAUUUUCCAGAGCAGUGAUUUUAGAGGUGGUUACGUUUGACUAUUACAGGAAAGCCGGAUUUGAUUUUUUUAAAAUGCAACUUGCAAGUGUGCAGGGAAAUAAUCUGCAAAAAAGAAGUAUUGCUUUGUUAACAGGGGGCGCAAGAAUCAACACACUUACACACAAACUUAUAAUUUCUCACAGGAGCUUUAGUUUACAGGUCAGCGUAUUUUCAGGCAGAUCCGGAUGCUUUAGCACCUUUUCCCUGAAAUCAUUUAGUUAAGUUGGAUAUUUGUUACCAAAAUUAGUCAGCAAAAGACUAAAAUUAAAUGUUUUAUUUUUUCAAUAAUUUCUACAUCUUACUGACACUGGCACUAAAAUAACCGCAUGCCUAGAGGUUACUGGAUCCUCUCUGGCCAGCUUAAUUGCCAAAUGAGGUUGACCUCUUGUAUGAACAAGUCAAAACAAAACACUGCAGCUUGAUUUAUAACUUGACCUCUUCAGGAGGGGGGCCAGGGUUUAAAGAUCAGUGUUUGCAUAACCAGUCAUGUGAGUUAUAGGGCUGGUCAAGCAUCAGUGACAGCGGAGGACAUUACUCAUCUGAAACCACGGUGUAAUUCACCACACUUCAGUACAGUUAAUGUUUAAUAGGCAUGGUUAUUCUUUGUGAGAAAAUGUAUCAUCUUUGACAUGGUUGGUAAAAAAUAUUUACCCAUUUGUUGUCCAAUUCUCAAACACACAUGGUCUUAUCAUGCUGAUAGUGACUGCCUUAUAAUUUGGGCAGUAUAAUGCAGUUAAAGUGGCCUAAGCUGGGAUUUAUUUUUUAAUGUCUAAUUUAUAUGUUUAUUCUAUUCAAUAAACCCAACAAAACAGCGUAUAUAUAACAUAAAACCUUCAACUUUGAAUGAAUAGGAGCAGAAAGAAGAAUCUUAUAUAUGCCUUGUCUUUACAAAACAUAAAUCGACAAAGCAUUUAAAUACAUAACAUUUUUAAAAAGACAUAUUACUAAAACUCCUAUUUACAGGUCUGUGAGAAGUUUUAAAUAGUUAUAAAAAAGAUGCACUGACGUCUCAAUGACUUAGGAAAGCAAAGAGACAGACUGCUGCUAUAAUAAAUCAAUUAGUAUCACUGCGCUGAAAUAAGAUCGGAUAUAUGUUUUUUUCCUACAACAUAAAAUACCUGUAGAAACGCCCCAGUCAGAACUUUGAAACAUUUUAAACCAGAAAAGGGGCUCAACAGGGCUAUAGAGUCAAAAUGCUGAAAAUAUAAACUCAUCUACUAGACCCUUGGUUCCCAACCUGGGGUUUGGGACCCCCUUUGGGUGCAGCAGAGAUUUCAGGGGGGGCUGCAAGGGUCUGUCCCCUCUGAGGUUGUUAAAAUUAGGGUCAUUUAAACUAUCGAAAAUCAUGAUUAAACACAGAAAUUGUUCAUACAAACGUCUUGGUAAUAACACUUGUGUUUUUGGCUUGUUUGUUUGGUUGUAAAUGAUGAAAAUAAUUCAAAUUGAUGUGUAUUUUUGACAACAAUAAGUCUUUAGUUUUUCAUGUGGGUCAUCAGGGGUCACAGCUCUUAGAUAUGUGAAGGGGGGGCUCAAUGGAAAAAAAGAUUGGGAACCGCUGUACUAGACCUUCCUUAACUUGCUUUUUUUGCACUUAAACUUCUCUCACUCAAACAUUGCAAUUUGUUAGUCACACUAAAAAUUUUAAUAGAAGAGAUAAGAAUGCAUUGUAAAGAUGUAAUGGUGGUGGAGUUAAAGUAGAUCUAGGUGUAGUUCCAUUCUAGCCUAACUUUAGCAUUUUUACUUUUUCCUUUUGCUUAAAAAUUAUUGAAGUACUUUUCAUUGUAAGAUUAUCUACAAAACAGAACACAUAGGUGUCAAACAUUUUUUCUUACCUCAGAGCUUAUUUGCAGUAAUAAUCUGAAAACUGAAAGGUCUUUUUUUGUCAGUGGAACCAACGUAAUGUCCUGGGU